AUGGCUCUGCGUACCACCGGCCACCUUCUACUGGGUGUUGUUCGCAUAUAUUCGCGAAAGACCAAGUACCUGCUGGCAGAUUGCAACGAGGCUUUCUUGAAAAUCAAAAUGGCUUUUCGCCCUGGUCAGAUAGAAACGAUCGACGAUGGAAAAGAAGCUCCAAUGAACGCAAUCUCUUUACCAGAGAUUAAUCAAAGUCGAAUUGACGACAUCACCUUAAAAGAGGAUCACAUCUCUGAUCAGCAUAUGUUUGGUGCCGAGUUUGGGAGUGAUGAAUUCGGUGAUGUGGGUUUUGGUCCAAUCACAUUCGGAGCCGACGAUGACUUUAGCGACUUUCCUCCGCUUGCACCAAUGGACGAGGCCAGGUGAAG